AUGAUUUGGACUUCAAGACCGCUCCAGGAGUAUGCAAUUUGGAUAAGCCGUUUAGGAGAUAUCACGUUUGUACUGAAGACUGGUCCACAGCCGGCCGAACGCACUCGGCCGGACAGGAAGGGUAUUGGCUUCGCUCGGCCUUCUCCAGGACCGAUCCGGCCGCACGACCGCACCGUCCGACCCGGGAGGCAAUGGACCACGAUCGACCGAGAUCAUCGCAUCACCAGGUUAUCAUCCGAAAAUCCUCCAAAAACAUCAUCGUCAUCUGGUGAGAUAUCCUGCAGUACUCUCCUUCCACGUUGUCUCUUCCUCUUUUGAUGCUGGCUAAUUAGUCCAUCCGGAUUGACCAGCUCUCUACUGGCCUCUGUAGGAAGUUGCUUGGGGCAAUGCUUCUUCGAAGUGGAAGAUCCGGCUGGGACACCAUGCAUUGAUUCAAAAUCACGCUUCGGUGAUGGGGUUGAGCCAUCAUCUGAAAUGCUUUGGCUGUUACUCUUGACAACCGACAACUAA